AGCAAAGGGAGAGAAGCUGGCUGUACUGCAGGAAUCCGGAUAUGAUGAAAAUGUUUGAGAAGCAACUAUCUAACUCAGAAAACUACCGCCACUGAACGUCGAAAGCGUCGCGCGAGGAUUAUUAUUGUUAACUGGAAAAAGUGGGACUGGGACACGCGCUGUCUGCUAAAGUUACCGGGAAAAAGUUUUUGGACGUUACUCUUUCACCCACUUUCGUCUUUUCUUCCCAACGUCUCGGGGAAAGAGUCGGAGGAAGGAAGGAUGGGAAUAAGUCAGAUUUGAAGCAAGGGAGUUGUCAUGUUUGAAAGACUCCGCUGAUGAUGAGACAUUGGUUUUCACAGCGUUGAGGGCUGAGGGAAGGGAGGAACUUCUUCUUCUGCUGUGUGUGUCCCAAAAAGACGACUGUCUCAUGUCCAAGGAGACUGUCCUUACUCCGGAUGGGCCGGGAGGGCCAGGGAAGGGCCCUCAGCAAGAGACAAGUCCCCUUCUGUCAGCCUCACAAGAUGCUUGUGACAGUGAAUCGUCAGGAAGAACACCAUCUCCCAGGAAACCAGCCACUGAAGGACAAAGUCACGUGACCGAGGAGAAGCCGAGUUAUUACGAGCCUGUAAGAACUCAAGCCCAGUCUCAGCCACAGCCUGCCGAGGGAGACGCCCACAAGGACCAAAAUGGCUUUCACCACAACAGCACUGGCACGAGCAACACCACAUGUUCCUGUGGUGCCAACAUCAGAACAGGCGCCAUGGGUGGGUCAGGUCCUGGCACAAGAGCAGAGGCGACCGAGACAACGACGGAGCAGCCCAGGAAGCAGCCGUCCACGCCUGUGUCGCAGAGGAUGCAGAGGAAAUUAAGGUCCAGCUUGUCGGUCAACAGUGACAGCAGCCGGCGUAGUAAAGGCAGUUCCACAGGCUCACAGAAACCUCCUUUACCAGAGGACUGCUGCGUCCACUGCAUCUUGGCCUGCCUGUUCUGCGAGUUCCUGACACUUUGCAACAUGGUGGUGACGCAGGCCUCGUGCGGCGCGUGCACAUCAGAGGCUUGCUGCUGCUGCUGCUGCGGCGACGACCUAGGCGAUGACUGCAACUGCCCCUGUGACAUGGACUGUGGCAUCAUGGAUGCCUGCUGCGAGUCCUCGGAUUGCCUGGAAAUCUGUAUGGAGUGCUGCGGCAUCUGCUUCCCCACAUAGGCCUGUGUCUCUGCGGGGGAUAACUGGACCCUGGAUGGAAGAAUGGAAGGAAACUGCUGCUGCUGUCACUUUGAAUUCAGCAGCAGAGAGAGCAAAUAUUUGUGAGUGAGUGAGUGCGUGCGUGCGUGCGUGCGUGCGUGCGUGUGCGUGUGUGUGUGUGUGUGUGUGAGUGUGUGAUGAUCGACAUGUGUUUGUGAACAACACUGGGUUUCUUCAUCAAAACCAGCUCAGCAGGAGCUAGAAGUAACUCCAGAUAUAUGAACAUGUCAGUUAAAUCGUCCGUGUAUAUUAAGUAUUCUAUCCUUUGCGUAAGAAGUAUUAUCACAUACUGCCUUAAAGAUUUUAUCGUUACAUCAGGAAUGCUGUCUAAUUGUAUCUCAUCUUUUUCCGUCAUUUUGAUGACCAACGUGUUGCGUACACCAACACAAUGAUUUAUUUACUCAGAUUUCAUUUUCAAUAGAUGUGUUGCUGUUUUUUACUCUCUUGCGGUCUUAGUACUGUACAACACUGUAAAAGGUUUAUGUGACAGUUCAUACAUUCUUAGUUGCAUACUGUAGUUUUGCAACAACAACUUUCAUUUACAGUUAUCUACUGUAGCACUGUAGAACAGCUGAAACUGAUGAAAUAUCAAAGGGGAAUCAGGAUAUCACAAAUGCUACUUUCUCAACCCAAAAGUGUCCCUGUUUUAGGAUGUUUUUAUUUUUCUAUUUCAAGCGUUUCUUUUAAUUGAAGUGGCCUGUUAUUACAGAAUAAAACUGCACACAAUUGCUGAUAAGCACAUAGUUGUUUUGCUAAAUCAUGCUGGAAGGUUUAUGAAAACAUGCUUUACUAAAGAAUCUCAUCUCUCUCUCUUGAUUUGGAAGUAUUUGAAGCUUUGGGUUUACUGGAAAUACCGCACAGAUAGACGUGUCUUUAAUGAAAAGAAGGGGUUCUGACCAGCUCACUACAACGUGAAGAUAAACAAUGUAAUGUCAGCCUUCUAAUGAUUUGGCUUUUUCAGCUGCAUAUGGUACAGGUCUUCCUCUGAUGCUAUUUUACAUACAUAAUGUGUAAGUAUGACUUGUUGAACUGCACUCCGUUCAUGAGGGGUGUGAUAUGGAAUUAAAAAAUGGUGACCUGGUUGCUAUAUAAGCGGCUUUCGGGUAUCAAACCCAGUGAAUAACAAUACAAAAAAGGAAUCAUGAAGUGUCAUGUUGAAAUGGUAAACUAAUGCAGGGUAAAGGCAGUUUUCUUCUCCUUUUUUUUAUUUCUGUUCUCUAAUUCUGUGUAUCUCGAGAUGAGUUUGUGGUGAAUCACCAGUGGAGUCAUUUUCUUGUCUUGGAGAUCCGCUUUGAUGUUGUUUAAGUGGUGCUACUUAAUGCUGGCCUUCAUUAGCACCGCUUGCUAACUGGUUACAAAAACAAGUUCCUUCCUCACGCCAACAGAGAUGAUGUGCUGUCAUGUACAGCUCGUCUUAAUGGCGCACUGUUAUUGCGUAUAAGGAGGUUGGAUAGGCACCUCUGCAGCAGAUAAUGUGCGGAAAGUAAACCUCAUUUUCAUGUUCAUGAUUAACUCGUGCCAAGAGUGUCAAGAAAACACUUUAGAUAAUGUGAAGAAUUCAUCUAAAACGACAAAUGUAUACAUGUAGCUACAGUAGUUGUCCUCUUAUACUAUACUGUUGUAUAUUUGUUCUUCCUUCUGUGCCUUUACACUUGAUCCUUCUCACUUUUUAUCUUGAUGCAUCAUUUUUCUUAGUUUUUCUUAAAUCUCAAAGAGAACCGUUUUAAAAAAAUAAACCAUUUCCAAAAAAUGUA